AUGUAUUACGAACCAAGCAUAGACCCCCUAGAGGAGUACGAAUGGAGCAAACUCCCCUACAAACUCACAGUUCUAGUCCCGCCACGCCCACCGCGCCGCUGGAUGUCGCUAAGACCAGGAGGCACUUCGACUCGCCAAAAUGCGCAUGACAUCCCAGAACUGCCGCGUCCAAACUCGCAUGCUGACUUUAGCCGCGUGUCGCUUGAAGACUUGCCGGGUUUGCCGACGAAAACGGUGGUAGUGAAGAGCGAUGCGUUUCCGUGGGAUAUGCGGUGUAGGCAUUCGCGAGGUGCGCAUGGAGCGGCAGUAGGGGUAAGAGGAUGUAAAGGGGGAUGUUAUGUGUUGGAGAAAGGAGGUGAAGUAAGCAGCUGGAAGUGCGCGAGCAGCGAGUGUGAAGGGCAUGUGUACUGCGGAAAAGUGAUGAAAGAUAAAGAUGGAGUUUGCUGUUUUGGGAAAAAAGGGGAGAGACUGGUCUGUCUUGAGCCAUGA